AUGAUGCCCGAAGAAGAAAUACCAAAAAUUUGGAAAUUCGGUGGUUAUAAAGUAAAAGGAAAAGGAAAAAAGAGUAAAACACCAACACAAUCUCAAGAAGUUACCAACAGGAAUGUGCCUGACGAACCUAACGAUAGAAAAGAGCACCAAAGAGCAACAAAAACCUUUAAUUUGUUAUGUCUAAAAACAAAUCAGCAAGUAGACGAUGAGAGAUGGGAUGGGAAAGAAAAUGUUAUGCCAAUAUUACCGGAAGCUGGACCAUCAAGAGAUGUCAUUGGCCAAUAUGUAAAAAAUACGGAUAAGAGUGAUAAAUCUGUUGUAUUCCAAAACAUUCUUAGAGAAAAAGACUCAGGGUCAUUUAACGUAGAAGAUAUGCCUAUCGUUUUUGCUGACUCAUUAGAUUUACAAUAUCAAGACGAAGUGACUAUCUCAAGCUCAGACUUUUUAAAGCAAGAAGAGAUAAAGAAGGAUACUAAAAAGAAAAAAGAAAUAAAAAUCAUAUCAGAUAUUAAAUUACCAUUGCCACCCCCUAAGAAGAAAAAAAGAUGUCUAACAAAUUAUUAUAAAAAUGAAAGUGAAAUUUUGAAAAUUUUAGAAGAUGACGAAUAA